CGGGCAGAGCGCUCGCUUUCCCGGGCGCUUUCCCUCUUUGCACUUUCCCGUGUCGGGUCGGGCCGCCAGUGACAGCGCGUUUCCCAGCAGCAACAUCAGGACUCCAUUGCGGCGGGCAGCGCGGGCCCGACUUGCUCAUUGUUGCUCUCACUCGUCUCGACCGAUCAAGCAUGUUGCAUCGGACUGCGUGAGCCGCAGGAUUCGACUUAAGCUAAAGCUCAGCAGGCAUUCAGGAAGCGAAAAUGGCGAUCGUUUGUGACAACACGAACAAAUGUGCCAAAGCAGGGCUCAUUUUCUUCAACCUCAUCUUUUGGGCGUCAGGUGCCGCCCUUAUCCUCCUGGGAGCAUCGAUGUUGCUGGACCAGGGCCAGGCAGUGUUGCUUACGGCCGUGGCCUCACCGGGAAUGCCGCCGCUGCUGCUGGUGGCCUUCGGGCUGGUCGGCCUGGGCAGCGUGGUACUCGUGGUCGGCAUCCUUGGCUGCUUCGCCGGCCUCGUCGAGCAGCUGAACAAAUGCCUGCUCGGCACUUACUUCACCUUCCUGUUCCUCGUGUUCGCGGCCGAAGUGUCCCUGGUGGUGGCAACUCUCCUGUUCCGCGAGCAGACCAUCUCCGGCCUCGAGUCCCGUCUGCGCGACCGUCUGCACAACCAGUUCAACCGCACUGGACACGAACACUUCUCGGACGCUUAUAACUUUGCACAGUACAAGUUCGAGUGCUGCGGCGCGACCAAGGUGCAGGACUAUGAGCUGUGGGCCAAGAUGCAGCAGCCAGACAACGGACAGAACGGACCCCGCGUGCCAAUCACGUGCUGCAUGGUGCAGAAGACGACCACGCCGGACGCUAGCAUGCACGGAAUGCUGAUGGGCAUCGACAUCGACGAGUGGCGCACCGCGCGGCCCGUCAGGAGCGACCUGUGCCAGAGCCAGGGAGUUAGCGAGGCACGCCACGAGCGAGGAUGUCUGCAGCCGCUCGAGGACUGGUUCAAGGACAAGAGCCUGCUCGUGCUGGCCGUCGGACUGGCAGCCAGCCUCCUUCAGAUCCUGGGCAUGGCUUACACAGCGUGUCUCUGCAAGGUGGCAGGAAAGUAAAGAAACAUACAUCAAAACAUCGCCAAAGAAAAUGAAAAGAAUGGAAUGUACGUUUCGCGCGGUACAUUCGACAUCACUCUACAUGUUCAAGAUGAGGAACCAGUCCUAUUAAUUUUAAUGUAAUUCUCGAUGCCAAAAUAUUGAUCCUGUCCUUUACACUUAGUUGAUUCAGCCUUCUUGGGAGUAAUUAGGUUGGCGCACAAUUCAAGCUCAUGAACUUUACUCAAUCGGAAUUUUUGACCAUUUUUCGCAAAACCAAAGUACGCUUGCUUUUGGUUUGCUCUUGUGUUCUGAGAUUUUACGAAGACAAACCUUUCGGCCAAAGGCCCCUCAUUAUAUACAAACAUAUUUACAUAAUUAUUACGUGAUUUUUAAAAUUCUUUUAUGGAUCUCAUAUAAUCUAUAUGAUUAUAAAUUUUAUUGCUCUUCGGGCUCUUUGUAAGAAAUUUUAAUGGUAUUUUAAUAGUAACGAUAAGAGUCGAAAAAAAUACUGUAGACUAGUUCAUUUAUGAAUUAAUAUUACCAUGUAAUGUCCUAGCUUUAACGAAGCCCCAUACAACACACACAUUAAACGUUUUAAAUAAAAUCAAAUAACGGAACGCGCUCAAGUUUGCGGACUGAGCGGAUGCAGACACCAGGCACAAACGUAAUUAUAAGGCACAAAAAAUCCCACCUAUUGAAAAGGAGCAAAACUCAAGCAGACGGCAAAGGAGAAUAUGCCUGUUGGGGAGAUAUAUCGAGUUCCAAUGCCAGUGCAGGCGGACCAGAAGGCUGAACCAACCCCAACAGUUGUUCAUGUCGUGUAACACGUCGUAUAUAUAUAUAUACAUAAUAAGCCCAGCCAGCCUGAGUGGAGCAAACAACCCUCCUAAUCUGGCCCUCCGUCAGCAGAAAUGCAUGUAAAAGUGUAUCAAACACACUCACUCUAUAGUUAUUCGUAGCACCCAGAUGGAGUUGUUGGAUGUGUCGGUGCAGUACGUGUGAAGGUGUAGCAAUAAAAAGAGAAGCGGUCGCAACUAUUGUACUAGAACCAAA